AUGGCUAGCCACGAGACGGUCCCCGUCCCUCUUGCGGGCCAGGACGGUGCUACCGCUCCUGCCGGGCCCUCGCAGCCUUCGCCGCCGUCCGCCGCCAGGAGAAAGGCCAGACGAGGCGUCGACUCCGCCAACCAGAAACGACGAUGCGUCAGCACUGCCUGUAUCGCUUGUCGGAAGAGAAAGUCCAAAUGCGACGGCGCUCUUCCUAGUUGCGCGGCCUGCGCUAGCGUCUACGGCACCGAGUGCGUCUACGACCCGAACUCGGACCACCGCCGCAAAGGUGUGUACCGCGAGAAGACGGACAGCUUGAAGGCGCGGGACUCGACACUCCAGAUUUUAAUCGAAGCAAUCCUAAACGCCGCCGAGGAGGACGUGCCAGCUAUUGUGAAAAGGAUACGGACAUGUGAUAGUUUGGAUGAGGUAGCAGAAUCCAUACUCAAAAACGAGAUAGAGGGGGAGGACAUGGGCGGAGACACGCGGAGCAUGGACGAAGACGACGCCGCCGAACGGCCGAUCGAGGGCGAGAAGGAACUGGCGCGCAAGAUGGGUGAGCUUCGGCUUGAGAACGGUUCUGUGCGGUACAUUGGGGGUACCUCGCACUUAAUCUACCUAGGUGACGAGACGGAUGUCACCGAACAGCCAGCUUCCGACGCCUACCUCACUGGCGAGGACCCGAGGACGACUUGGACUGAGGUUACCAAAGACACGCAGUUGGUCACGCACCUCAUGAACAUGUACUUCAACUGGCAUUAUCCCUACUUCACCACACUCUCCAAAUCACUCUUUUACCGAGACUACCUUCGAGGCAAGCCAUCAGGGCAGCCCAGGACCACCGUGUACUGCACACCACUGUUGGUCAAUGUUAUGCUGGCUCUGGGCUGCCACUUCACUGCCGUAUCCGGCGCUUUCGGUGUGCCCGGGGACAGUAGGACAAAGGGCGAUCACUUUUUUGCAGAAGCAAAGCGGCUGAUCAUCGAAAACGACGAAUACGCGAAGCCUAGACUGGCCACAGUACAAGCAUUAGCGCUCAUGUCGGUCCGUGAAGCCGGAUGUGGGCGGGAGGCCAACGGGUGGGUGUACAGCGGCAUGAGUUUCCGGAUGGCCCAGGACAUUGGCUUAAACUUGAACCUCGGCGGGUUAGCCCGGGACAAGGGCGGUUCUCUUGACGAGGAGGAAGUUGAUGCGCGGAGGGUCACGUUUUGGGGCUGCUUCCUCUUUGACAAAUGCUGGUCCAACUACCUCGGUCGACUGCCACAAAUCCCCAAAAACACUUACAACGUCCCCAAAUACGAUGUUUUCCCAGACGAGGACGCCGAGAUGUGGUCGCCCUACACAGACAGCGGGUUUGACCGAUCGUUCAAGCAGCCUUCCCGAACGCGUGCGGCGGCGUUACAUCUCAGCACGCUCUGCGAAAUCAGCAGCGACCUACUACUUUUCUUUUAUCACCCCAACCACAUAGGGCGGUCGGGCGGCAAGAACGUCGAGGUCAAGAAGCUUAGUGAGCUCCAUCGCCGCCUGGAGGAGUGGAAGAAGGAAUUGCCCUCCGAGUUCGAAGCGAGAGAUGGCCAACUGCCGCAUGUGAUCUUGAUGCACAUGUUCUUCCACAUGCAAUACAUCCAUCUCUUCAAGGCAUUCCUCAAGUACUCUCCGGCGACAUCCCCACUACCCGCUCACGUAUCACCAUGGCGCAUAUGCGGCGCCAAUGCUGGGGCGAUUUCGAAGCUAAUGCGGUUGUACAAAAAGUUGUAUGACCUCGGGCAGAUCUGCAACAUUGCGGUGUACAUGGUGCAAACGGCGUGCACGAUACACAUUCUCCACCUGCCAGAAAAGACGGCUAAGCGCGACAUGAUCCACGGUGUCAAGCAUCUCGAAGAGAUUGCCGAGUUCUGGCCGUGCGCGAGAAGGGCGCUCAGCACCUUGAGCGUACUAGCGCGAAAAUGGAAAGUUGAGCUUCCCGAGGAAGCAAGCGUUGUGCUGCAACGAACCGACGAGAAGUACGGGACCUUCAGUAUCUCCGACGUCCCUUCUCCAAACCGGUCGGGCCCGUCUAUCGCACAAACACCACAGUCCAACGGCGGAUCACUCCCAGUCUCGCCAGCCCAAAACGAGACGGAUCGGUUCGCGGCUCAAACUCAGUACGGAAUCCCAGCGGUACAACCGCCCACGUCCUUCGACUCUGCGCCAUCUAGGAGCCUCCCGGCCGAAAUGAUGGGUGGUGUUGGAGCGUCGGGAAUGCCCUCAGGGAUGCAAAACACGCACAGGUAUGGCCAGGGCGAAACGCAAGCCCCACGACCGAUGGCCCAACAGUCGAGGGCAACAUCAUCUAUGCCCAUGGGCGAGCCUCUUCCUGCCAUUGGCUCAUGGACCAACGCGCCCGGCACACGGGCCAUGCCCAACUACACCCAGGCUCUUCCACCAGUCCAUGCCCAAACAGCCAUCGCGUCACCGCCACAACCGUUGUCCUCCUCUCGCGGUAACGGUGACGGUGGCCAUCACUCCUCACCCCACGCGGUAUACGCCGUUGAUGGACAGGAGUGGUACCUAAAGGACGGCGUGAACUGGGAGCAGAAUUUCCAGGCGUGGGGGCCAAGCGGUGGUGGCUCAGGAGGUGGACCGCAGCAGAAUACGAAUCGACCUGGUGGUGGUGGUGGUGGGAUGGAUGAUACAUCGAUGUUUGUAUUUCAAGGAGUGGACAUGGAUGGGAUGGACACGACGUUUGACUCGCUAGGGAUGGGGAGUCUGGAUCAUUUACCUGGAUUGGAUUAG